AUGAGCUCCUUUCCGCUCUGGAACCGCCUCGCAUGUCGCUCGCUCACCUCGUUAACACCCGACAAACCGUCACCAGAGCUGCCGACACUACACGGGAAGGACCUCUUAAGUCUCGUAUCCAGAGCGAGAGACUCGCACCCUUUGGACUGGUCGGAGGGUCCGGGGGUUGCCGAGGAGACGGAGCAAUGGGACCUCAUGGACCCACACUACGACCUCACCACAGCCAAACUAACGAAGCUCUUCUCGCUCUUCCAACCCAAUGAGCACGGGAUGGUGUCGUACGACGGGUUUCGACGGGGUCUACAAGCUAUGGGUAUCUCGUGUGAGAACGAGAGCGAGUUCAUGGCCUUUAUCGGCCAAGUAGACGACGAUAAGAGCGGAGGAAUCACGUACGAGGAGUUUCUGUAUGCAAUUCAGGAGAUCAAGUUAGCACAGCUCUUUAGCCCGGACUUCGUCCAGCCUUUAAACCGAGAGUACCGUAAGAUGUACGGCUCCGACGUCCCAGUUGCGCGACUGGGAUCAAUCGAGUACUCACCUGAUCGAAUCAGAAGUGCGUAUCCGAUUGAAGGGGUGGAGAAGUUUUUGUACUCGAAAAGACCCAAUUGGGCGAGUGUCCGAUGGAUUAAUGUAGAGGGAGCAGACCCUUUGAUGAUGAGGAGGCUGGCGGUACGGUACCGACUGCAUCCACUCGCAGUCGAGGAUACGCUGGAUUCCGAUCUGGAACGACCAAAGUACGAACAUUACGACGAACACUCUUCGUUGAUCCUUCAAACAAUCCACGCGCGUGAUCUAGAAAAGGCCUUGGAGUAUCAGAGCAUGUAUCGCUUUUCAUUGUAUGUUCGAGAUAACAAGGUCUCACCGUUUGAAAGUAUGAGUAAGGCUGAGCUGGAAAAAAGACUCGACGACUUGGCCAUGGGACGUAUCAUGGCUCCACCGGAACAAUUGAGUUUGUAUAUAAUGGAGAACGUGGUUAUAAGUGUGCAAGAGUCGGCGAGCACGUUGUGGCCGACGUUAAAGCAGCGACUACACACGUCAUACUCUAAGGUUCGCCACAGCGGAACAGCGUUCUUGGUCUAUUCCAUAGUGGACGUGUGUGUGGACGAACUGUCACCUAUCGCACACACGCAUGGAGCCAAAGUUGCCAUGUUGUCUCGACUUCUACGUCACGAUCCACGUAACUUUAAAGUCGAUCGUCUAGCGCAAUGCUCCAAGGAAAUUAAGGGAUUGAAGCUAUUGUGCAAACCACUGCGUGAAAUGAUCACGCAACUCAUAGAAUCAAGCGACUUUGAAGGCGAGACAUUGCGGUACUUUCGAGACGUGCAAGAUCACGUGACUGUUAUCGACGAGACUUGCGACCGACUUCUGGAUCGAUGUCAGAGCCUAGUGAACGACUACCAUAAUGCACGACAUGCCCAACAGAACGAAGUGAGCUACACAUUGACACUUGUGGCAACUGUAUUCCUACCGGCGCAGUUCCUAACUGGUCUGUAUGGUAUGAACUUCGUGAAUAUGCCAGAGCUGCAGUUAGAGCACGGAUACAUGAUCUGGUGGGGCGUCGUGUCGACAAUUGCCACGGGAACGAUUACGUACUUUAAGUUCUACAAGAAGUGGCUCUAG